AUGAAACCUUCUUCUUUUAUAGAAGCUAAGAGUGAUCCUAGCUGGUGUGAGGUUAUGGACUCCGAACUUGAUGCUCUUGCUGUUAAUCACACUUGGACACUUACUGCUUUGCCCUACGGCAAAUUUCCCAUUGAUUGUAAGUGGGUGUACAAGAUCAAACAUCGAGCUAAUGGUUCUAUCGAAUGCUAA